AUGCUGGUGCUGGUGGCUCUGGUGCUGCUCCUUGUGCCUGCAGAACCCCUGACUGCCUUCCCCCCGAAGUUCCAGGUGGGGAAGCUCAACCAGGACGUGGUGGUGCGAUGUGACACCUCAGAGCAGCACAUCUACUGGACACUGAACGGGGAGGAGGAGCCCAUGGCCGAACUGGUGCCCGAGGGCCAGAACCUCACCAUCCUCGGCUUGGACCUGCCGGCCACUGGCAACUACAGCUGCUGGGCCGGCCCUGUCCUGCUGGACACCACCUACGUGGUGGUCAGCGGCACCCGUGAGGAGGAGAUCAACGUGUCCUGCUGGGCUGAGUCCUACAACGGCUCCUUCCACUGCUCCUGGCCUGGGCCCCCCUCUGCCAUCUUCCACGCCCGCCUCACACGCAGCGAUGGCUCCGUGGGGCCCUGGGUACCGGUGACCAGUGAACACGGCCAGUUCAACACCAGUCUGGCAGACCCCUUGUUCUGCCCCUUCGGAGAGGAGCUGCACCCGCUCCAGCUGCACCUGGAGGGGCUCUCGGACACCUCCUACCUGAACCUCUCCAGGCACUUCUUCCUCCGUGACAUUGUGCGUCCUGAUCCGCCCCAGGAGCUGAUCCUGCAGCAGCGGGGGGAGCAGCUCCACCUGGCCUGGGCCCCCCCGGCCUCCUGGCCGCUCCCCAGGUCCUACUUUGUACUGCUCUACCAUCUGCAGUAUGAGCUGCACAACGGCACCCAGGUGGAGCAGUUCGUGGAGGGUGUGGAGGAGGCGCCGGUGCAGGCGGGCGCGCGGCGGGUGCGCAUCAGCUGCCGGGACCCCUACACGCCCCCGGCCUGGAGCCCCUGGAGCGCCUGGAAGGGCCUCGGUGCACCCCAGUAACCGUGGCUCUGAGGGGGCUGACCCCUCAAACGGGCACCUCCUUUUCCCAGAACCCCCAUCCCUUUACAGCUCGCAAAAG